AUAAGAUGAUAAUAAGUUGUACAAUGCGAAAGUAUUUAUAAUAUUUGCAUAGAAGGAAAAUAAAAAUGAAAUACUUUUGAGGCAAGAAGAUGCCUGUCAAUCCAUUUAAUAAUGGGACAGCAUUUCGCUAGUCUCAGAGAAUUUUUUAGAAUGGAUAGUGAAAGGCAGUCGUUGGAGGCAUGUACUAAUGUUAUUCAACCAGCACAAUUAGAAGUGAUGUUACAAUUAGAAAAUUUACACGAUAAUGAAAAUAAUGGAAAUGUACCUGCAUUGAAUUUAAAUUUAAUUCUUCACGAAGAAUGCAAAGCAGAUGGGAAUUUGGACAACGAUCAUUUAAGUUUAGACCUAGAUAAUCAUAAUUCUAGAUUUGAAACUUUGUACAGUCAACCAGUUGAGACUCAAGAGUCAAAAGAAAUUUGUAGUAAUGGAAACAUUACUAAUGAGUUAUGUUUCAAACAACAGAAAGCAUGUUGUAGUAGUUCAGGGGAUAGUAAUACUAGCAGUAAGUCGGAAGAUAGUCCUAUAAAUCCUCCUUUAAGAAGAUCUUCUAAAACUUUAUCAUUUGUAAAGCGAAAAGGUAAACAACGUAGCAAAGAUCAAAGUCAAAUGUGUACACAUGUUUUAUCUUCAAAAAAGAAACGAAGCAGUUGGGUAUUAAAAUUUAACUGUGCUAAGAACAAAAGUUCCAAAAGUUCAGAUAUUAUUCCUGGUCAAGGAAAUAAUAGUUCAGAUUGUGUGUGUAUUGGUCAUAGAAGAACCGAAGAACACCCGAUGGGAGCUGGUGUUAUAUUUAAUAGCCGAUCUGCUCCACAAAGUCCAGUGCUUGGACCACUUCCACCCAGUCCUGUGAUUGAUCUUUCAAGAUUCAAUCCAGAGGAAUUUCCGAUGGAAGAUUGCGAUGAACGAGCUCGUUUGCAACGUGCACGAGAAAUGGAAGAGGGGGUUGAACCUCCUCCCGGUUACAAGCCUAAUUAUCCUUCAGGUAUUCAAGUACAUCCAAAUGGGAUAACGGUGGACAGUCUAGCAGCCUUGUUCCAAGCGCACAGCGUUCUCACAGCGUUAUCACAAAUCGAUUUUACAUUAAUUCCGAGUAUUGGAAGGCCAGCACAUACGCAGGUUGAUUAUGUUCAUUGCCUUGUGCCAGAUCUUAAAUCGAUUACAGCCUGUUCUUUUUAUUGGGGAAAAAUCGAUAGAUAUGAAGCUGAACGUUUAUUAGAGGGCAAACAAGAGGGUACGUUUCUGUUGCGUGAUUCAGCCCAAGAGGAGUUCAUUUUUUCUGUUAGUUUCCGAAAAUAUGGACGAUCUUUGCAUGCUCGAAUCGAACAAUGGAAUCAUAAGUUUAGUUUCGAUGCGCACGAUCCGGGAGUAUAUGCCUCAGAAACGGUAUGCGGUUUAAUCGAGCAUUACAAAGAUCCAUCUUGUUCUAUGUUCUUUGAGCCUAUGCUUACAAUACCAUUGCAUCGAAAUUUUGCUUUCCCUUUACAACAUAUAUGUCGAGGGGUAAUCACUACACGAACGACGUACGACGGUAUAAAUAAGUUGCAAUUGCCAAAGACACUUAAAAGUUAUCUGAAGGAAUAUCAUUACAAGCAAAGAGUACGGGUUAGGCGAUUAGAUACUGAAAAUGAUUUACAAUCAUAUGGAAGAUCCAUAUCAUAUUUACCUUUAUGAAUUUCUAUAUUCACAUUCAGUAGAGAUUGACACGCAUUACUUUAUUGAUUUUGCAUUCACAUCUACGACUUUAUUGAAGUCAUAUGUGGCAUACGUAUAGUAGCGGAGUGGAGUAUUGAUACGUAUGAAAAGCGUAACUAAUUUUUUGGAAAAAGUUACGAAAUUUGGGAAGUAAUAUUCCCCCCUUUUUUCUCUCUUUUUUCUUUCCGAACACUAUCCGUCCUUUAUUUUCUUCACGUUCACUUUACUCAAAUGUCAGUGAUUUGCGGGGUUAUAAUGAUAUUUCUUUGGUAAGUAUCGACGAUUGCAAAAAACAUCUAUUUGAAACCACUACUCCCUUAUACGCAUAUGUUACACCGUUGUUAGAGAAUAAACUUCUUUCGACAUUUCUGUUAAGAAAAGGACCGCGAUAUUAGCAAAUAAACCGAUACGUAUUCUACAUGAAAUGGAAUAAUAGCUUUCUACAGUUUUCCACUUUAUCGUCGUUUCUUACAUUUUUGCAUCUCAAGUACACAAAUAUGUUGAUUAAAAACAGAGGUAACAUGUAAAUACACAAAA